AUGUUGAGAUAUGUGGCUAGCGGUGGCCAAUUGAAUGGGAGACUGUUGCCCUUGCAGCAGAGACGUCAAUUCCUAGUCGCAACGGCUCUAACUUUAGGUGGAUUCGUACUGGGCAAACAGGCUAGACUGGCAGAUGCUAUGGAAAGGGGUGAAUUGCAUAACAAGAACGACGACCAAGAACUGAAAAGACAGGAGGACGUCGAAAGGAGGCUCAAAGCUUUGUCCAAUAGCAGACCGAUGAAACCCAGGUACAAGGGACAUGUCCCGUUGUAUGCUCAUGAGAAACUACUACUUUUCGUUGUGUCUGGUCUGAAGUCAUACUUCCAUCCAGAAGACGGCAUGAACAUCGUUCAACUGGGAGAGGCAUCGGCUCUGCCCAUUUUCCUCGAGAAUUUGAAGAAGACCAUGUUGGCAGACGAAACUGGAAGACGCAUUCUGAGGGAGCAGCCUAAUAUCCACUCCGACACUUUGCAUAUGGAUAAGCUGAGUAAGAUGCCCAAGAAUACCCUUGGUUACGUUUAUUACAAAUGGCUGAAGAAAGAGGGAGUUUCCCCAGACACAAGAGCGCCCGUCAAAUACAUUGACGACCCUGUUCACGCAUACAUCUUCAAGAGGUAUAGACAGUGCCAUGACUUUUAUCACGCAAUAAACGAUCUUCCGAUUAUUAUUGAGGGUGAGAUUGCAGUCAAGGCAUUGGAAGGUACCAACAUGGGAGUCCCUAUGGCCGUCCUGGGGGCGCUGCUGGCACCAAUGCGCUUGAAGAAAGUUCAAAGGGACAGAUUAUGUGAGAUUUACUUGCCAUGGGCCGUAAAGACCGGUCUAAGCUGUAAACCGUUGAUUAACGUUUACUGGGAAGAGAUUCUUGAUAGGGAUAUAGACGAGUUGAGGGAAGAGCUGGGGAUUACUGCACCGCCAGACCUACGGGAGGUCAGGAAAGAACGGUCAAGGAUAAGAAAGCAGCUCAAGAUGAAGUACGAUAACUUCGAGGCUCAGAUAUAG